AUGAGCCAGCAAUUCCCCUGGGGCUCUUCAAGUCAGCAACCCAGCGGACGGCGCGGCCUACCUCCCAUCUCGACCACCUUCAACCCCGUCUCUAGGUCCAACUCCGCGGCCAACAGCCCCUCCCGCGCAUCCUUCUCCCCCGUUAACUCGUCGCUCCCGCCCGCUUCGUCGCGGCGCAUCAUCAGCCGGACCUCGUCCGCUUCGUCCACGUCGACACCAUUCUCGCCAUCGCAAUCCGCUUUGCUGCAGCACCAGUCCGCCCAGCUGCUGCCGUCCGCGCGCCCUAGAGCCAUAGUUUCCUCGGGCGUCCCGCACUUUGCUUCCUCCGCCGCAGCUUUGGGUUCUGCUUCGGAACGUGGUGGAGGUGUCUUAGGCGUCAGCGGCGGGGGGAGCUCAAAGGUUGCCCGUGCCUCACCCUCUCUCUCGCAGUCGGGCAACAUCGCUUCGCCAAGCAGCGCCACAAGCUCGUCUACCCCUUCGGGUCAGUCGCUCGCCAAAAUCGUCAUCGCCCAAGUCUUCCUGCUGCUCAGCUCGCUGAAGGAGGACAAGGAUAAGACCAAGUGGGAGCAGCAAACUGAACAAAUCCGCAAGUUGAUCGACUCCAACGGAAUGGAGGUCUUCUCAAAGUACUUCCGUCGCUUGCUGCAGAGCAAUGCGUCGCAAAUAUUCCCCGGCGCGGCGAAGGGUGGUGACAACUCUGGGACUUACCCAUUGCUUGUCGGCGAAAUGCAGAAGAUAACGCAGGACCCUCAGCAAGCAUACAAGAUUGCCGAAUCGAUCGACACAACUGAGGGUGACUUGUUCCGAGACUUUGAUCUGUCCACCUUCAUGGAGCAUUUCAAACUUGACGCUGUCGCCAAGACGACGUUAGCUUUGGCGUGCAAGACUGCCUCAAAGCCCGAUCUAAGAACCAAAGCCGAUGCGAUCCUUUCGAAUAACUACCAGGCAUUCCUCAUGUCCUUGAUCAACAGCAAUCCCGACGGGCCAGGCGAUCUUAGGUCGGACGUUUUAGCCUCCGUGGUCGAUCGGCUAGCCCAAGAUCCUCCGCGGAAUUGGAGUGACGACGGCAAAGCCAAUUUGUUCAUUGCGAUACGAGCGAAAUUCGAAAAGUCAACCGGAAUCAUUCCUCUAGACGUUGGCGCUGCUCUAUACAUGUUCGAUUUACUCGAAAACCCGAAUCCGUUGAUUCGCCUUGCCCAGCGCGCCGGCCCGCGAGGCACAUCGAGCGUGGACGCAUGCAAGGAGCUUCUCGCUUCUGCAGAGACGCGCGACAUUAGCUAUCAGCAGGUCGCCAACGUCCUGCUCUACAUGGCAAUCACCCAGAAUGGGCAAGCAUACAACCUGAGCAACUUUGUGGCAGCAUUGAGAGAACAUCGCGCUGGACAGCGCUUGGACUGGCAGGACGUUGUUCAUUCUUUUGAUCGGGAGGGACUCAAAAUCGUCUCGCAUCAAUUUGUCGCACUGUUCAAUGCGCUUUUGCCAGUUGCGCGGGAUUCCGAGACCUUUGACAUUCAGACAUUAUGGGGCGGGCGUUGGAGCCACCAGGAUACGCAGCUGUCUUUUGUCGUUGCUUUUCUGCAGAUGAAGCUCGAAGAUGCCGACAUCACUCAAACUCCCCGUCUCCGAAAGGCCUUUACCCUUGAACAGUUCGAGGAUGCUCCUACCGGUGUCAAAGAUCGCGCCAAGGAAGUCAUCAAGCACCCUCUUGUUUCUUUGGACGCCACGGCGGCACUGUUCAACAUAAUUUUCCAGGCGCAAGAGUUUUACAACAUUGCUCAGCGUUCUGGAAUCCCACAGUCCGUCAUCAACCAAAAUACCGACAUAUUCGUUGUUGCCGCUGCAGCAGUCCCCAAACCAUGGGUAGGCUUGCAAGAUAUGGCUAUGCGACAACUGUUCGGUCCCUUCUUUGAGAAACGCGUAACACAUUACAGCUUCGCACUUCACGGCCUAUACAAGCAGGAUUCCAUCUGGGUUGCAAGCAGGUUCCUCGACUUUUACACCAGUCAACCUCUCCUGCUACCUCUUAUACUAGAGCAUGCGGCGGAGCAUGGCUGGGUCCACGACCUUGCCCGCUUGAACACCGACCUGAGCAUUGAUCUGGCCGCUCUCGCCCACAGUGAAGGACUGUUUGAACUAGAUCCAUGGGCGCAAGAGACCAUGGCCCAAAUUCCGGUAUUCCCGAGGAUCCUCGCCAACUUCCUUAGCACCAAGGCGGAAACCGAUCUGCAGGCCCAACGUGACGGCCAAGGACCAACCAACGUUCCGCUUGCUGUGAAGACCGUCCAUCCAUUGCUCGGUUUGCUUCAGGGCAACAUCCCUGACGACGAACUGGUCGCCUUGCAGCGCGCCUGCAUACAGGCGUACCCUAGGCUAAUAAAUUACGGAGAAGGCUUCGAUGAAAUCAUAGACGUGAACGGAAAGGAUGGCAACGCUAUCUCUUCUGACGCCGACCGCAAGAUGCAGGAACAUUACAAGAAAAUGUACAGCGGUGAGAGCGGCGUUCGUGACGUUAUCGAGGAGCUCCAACGGUACAAGACUUCCGAGGAUCCCGCGGACCAAGAUCUUUUCUCCUGUAUGAUCCAUGGUUUGUUCGAUGAGUACAACUGUUUUAGCGAGUACCCCUUGGAAGCACUGGCAACCACUGCCGUCUUGUUCGGUGGCAUCAUCCAAUACAACCUUCUCUCGCGGAUUCCGCUACAAGCAGGUCUCGCGAUGGUUCUUGAAGCCGUACAAGAUUACCCGCCAGAGGCUUCUAUGUACAAGUUUGGUCUCCAGGCACUUUUGAACUUCUCCGGUCGCUUGCAGGAAUGGCCAAGCUUCUGUGACCGCCUCCUUCGUGUCCCUGGCCUGCAAGGAACUGAGGUUUGGAAUAACGCGGAAGAGAUAGUCAGGCGGCAACGCGCUGGCGAAAUGAACGGCGACACCAACGGCGACACCAACGGUGAUCUCACCAACGGAGUGGCCCGCAAUGACGACUAUCUGCCAGAGCAGAGUGUGCGCAACUUCAGCUGUAUCCAUGCGGAUCCGCCUCUCCGUCCGGAGCUGUACGAGGAACCCGACGAGGAUGUGCAAGACAAAGUGUUGUUCGUCCUGAACAACGUCUCCGAGCGCAACCUUAAGGAUAAGCUCAAUGACCUCAAGGAAGCGCUUGAAGAGAAGCACCACCAGUGGUUUGCUGGUUAUCUUGUGGAAGAGCGUGCGAAGAUGCAGCCCAACUUCCAACAACUAUACCUGGACAUGCUGGCUCUGUUUAACGACAAGGUCCUCUGGGCUGAAGUUCUUCGCGAAACGUAUGUCUCUGUCAUCCGCAUGCUGAAUGCAGAGUCCACCAUGAACUCUUCAACCGAGCGGACGCAUUUGAAGAACCUUGGUGGAUGGCUAGGCCAGCUCACCAUUGCGCGUAAUAAGCCGAUCAAGUUCAAGAACAUUUCUUUCAAGGACCUGUUGAUUGAGGGUCACGACACCCAGCGCCUCUUGAUUGUCAUUCCCUUCACUUGCAAGGUAUUGAUUCAAGCAAGCAAGUCGACGGUGUUCAAGCCUCCAAACCCAUGGCUCAUGGAGAUCAUACAUCUGCUCAUGGAACUCUACCACUUCGCUGAGCUCAAGCUUAACCUCAAGUUCGAAAUUGAGGUUCUUUGCAAGGGCUUGGAUCUUGACUACAAGAACAUCGAGCCUUCAAACAGCAUCAGGUCUCGCCCGGUACCAGAGGAGGAGUUGCUGGCGGCCAUACCAGACGGUCUUGAUGGAUUCAACGACCUGUCGUUAAUGAACCUAAACCGCAGAGGCCUCAACGAACGUUUCUCUCCUGCGGCGAUAACGGCUGCUCUGCCCGAUCUUAGUUCCGCCCUUGUCUAUCCGCCCGCCUCUGGAAACCUUGUCGCCGCAAACCGCCUUCGUCAAAUCUUCCAUACGGCGGCACAGUCCGCUAUCGCCGAGAUUAUUGCGCCCGUUGUUGAGCGUUCUGUUACAAUUGCGGCCAUUUCAACCUCUCAGUUGGUCGCCAAGGACUUCGCCAUGGAGCCGGAUGAGAACAAACUUCGCGAGGCCGCUCACACAAUGGUUAAGUCACUUUCUGGAAGCCUUGCCCUAGUUACUUGCAAGGAGCCUCUGCGCAUGAGCAUAAUGAACAACAUCCGCAUUCUGGCUAGGGAUCUUCCGGAGCAAGCAUUGCCUGAAGGGCUCAUCCUCAUGUUUGUAAAUGACAAUCUCGACACCGUUUGUGGCAUGGUUGAGCAAGCAGCAGAGAACCAGUCGGUCGCGGAAAUUGACAUGCAAAUUAGCGCAGGUGUGCAGGCUCGUCGCUAUCAUCGCAGCUUGCAGACCCGUGAGCCUUUCAACGAUCCACCUGUCAAACACUGGGCGACGUUCAUUCCAGAACCCUACCGACAAAAUCCAGGCGGUCUCAACGCGGAGCAACUGGCUAUUUACGAAGACUUUGGUCGCCAAGCUCGCGGCAUGUCUCAAAUCAACAACACGCAUGACGCUGGUCGCAUCACCGACGUGCUGCAAGAUCAGUAUCCACAGGUGCCAAACCUGCCAACCCCAGCAGAGCCGCCUGCCAUUCCUCGUCAAGGCUCGCAGCCACCUUCCCGACUUCAGACCGCUCCGCCCAUGUCUGCUACAGUGCCACAAACGCAGUUGAACGGCUAUAUGGAUACUCACAACCUUGGAGAACGUACGCAGAGCUUGCUUCUUGAGCUGCAACGUGCUUCCAAGGAGGCAACCGAAGAGCAUAUCGAGGAACUUGGACCAACCGCGCCGACAAGAGAUGCUUUUGAACAACUCAUACACCUCAUCGACAAUGCCGGCAGCCAGCGUGAACACCUUUGCUUGGGGGCUGCUGGUAAGGUUACUCACUCACUGUUCGCUGAUGUCGAGCGCCGCCUUGAGAUUGAGGUCUUUGUGCAGCUUCUGCUGCAACUCUGUCAGCUGUCUGUCAGCACCUCUCGGCAGGUCCUUGUCUGGCUGGCAAACAUUGAGGAUGAGCGCUUGUUGAAUCCUCCAGUUGUCGUCUGUCUGCUUGCAGCGGGCCUCCUGGACCUUCAACGCGUUGAUCUGGUUGCUUACAAGGCCAUUCAAAGCCGCGAUCAGGCCGGAAUUGAUCUCCUUGCAAGACUUCUGGAUGAGGUUCUGCUCACAGGUCCUCUCAGCAGUUUCCGUGCCGACUUUUCGAGGUCGCUCGAAGCCUUGACCCAAUGGCUUUCUGUCGAUGAGGACGUUGAGGGUGGUAAAGAAAUCAUUGCUAAAAUGCAGGUCAGAGAUGAGACCUUGCCGACCCCUCCCAGUACUGCGAGCAAGGAUCAGGUGGAGUACGUCUUCGAGGAAUGGAUCCACCUUCAGCGUUACGGCCACCGCCAAGGCCCAUCAACGAAGACUAUCGCUGCUUUCGUGAGCCAGCUGCAUGCUAGGGGUUUCCUGAAGGCACGAGACGACGCGGCCUACUUCAUUCGCGUCUGCAUUGAAGCUUCUGUGGCCGCUUAUGAGCAAGAGGAAAUGGUCCUCUACCCCAGCCUGGAUAGCGCAUACAUCCAAGUGGACGCGUUGGCCAAGCUGAUUGUAGGAUUGGUGGUCUACCACGGUGGAGCUGAUGGCGUUUCGACGCCCCAAAAGGUUGUAUAUCUGGAGAACAUCCUAAGCUUGAUCGUUCUUGUGCUGGCGAAUCACCAGCGUACGCGCGUUGAACGCUUCAACCAGAAGGUGUUCUUCCGGCUUUUCUCGUCUUUGCUUUGCGAGCUGCAUGAAGCCAGAGACCUCCUCGGCGGCCUCGAUGGAGAACGUGAUCUCAUGAUGGUCAUGGGUCGGGCGUUCUUGGUCCUUCAACCCAAGCACUUCCCGAGCUUCUCGUUCUCAUGGUUGGCAUUGGUAUCUCAGCGCAUGUUUAUGCCUGCAAUGUUGAGGCCUACGGCCGAUGAGUCCGCAUGGAAUCUCUACGCCAAGUUGAUGGAACUACUGCUAGCAUAUGCUGGACAUCUCGUUAAGCCGAGUGAUCCAUCUGAACAGGCUCGUGCCUUCUACCGCGGCAUCCUCAGAGUCCUUCUGGUCGUUCAUCACGACUUCCCAGAGUUCCUUGCAGAGAACCAUUUCGCUUUGUGUAACGCCAUUCCGAUGCACUGCACGCAGCUUCGUAACUUGGUCGUUAGCGCGUACCCAUCGUCGUUCCCAGAGCUUCCGGAUCCAUUCACCAACGGCUUCAAGGUUGACCGUCUGGAAGAGGUCAGGAAGGCGCCUGAACUGCGCGGCGACAUCAAGGCACCUCUUCAGCAGCACGGUAUCAAUGAUCUGAUAGAAAACCUUCUCAAGACCUCGGACCAGAGUGCCGAGGACAUCAACCGGAUUUGCGAAGCCAUCUACAACCCAAAGCGCGAAGAUACUGGCUUUGCCUUCGCUCCUGUCACUGUUGACACCGUGUUGCUGCACUCCAUCGUCCUUUAUGUGGGCGAUAAUGCCAUUUCGACUGCCGGCAAGGGCCCCGCGUUCACCGCUAGCUCUCCUCAAGCCAAACUUCUUGAAACCUUGGCCAGAGAGCUCAGGCCUGAAGGUUGCUAUCAUUUCAUCAGCGCAAUGGCGAACCAGCUUCGUUGGCCUAACAGCCACACGCACUAUUUCAGCUACGCCAUUCUCCAUCUCUUUGGCUUGCCGCGCGGCGAGCAGGCGAACCUGGAUGUGCAGCAAAUCAUCACGCGCGUGCUCCUUGAGCGCCUUCUCGUGCACCGUCCUCACCCAUGGGGUCUGAUCAUCACCCUACUGGAGAUUCUCAAGAACUCCAACUACGAGUUCUGGAAUCUGCCGUUUGUCAAGGUGGCGCCUGAGGUCGAGCGCUUGUUCGGUGCACUCUUCCAGCACAUCAACCAAAGUCCUAGGGCCAUUUCCUAG